AAGGGAGGGGGGUGUGCGCAGCCCGUGUCAGUUUCGGAGUCCUGGCGGCUCACCUUCGCGCCAAGGAUCCUGAGCCGAGGCUCCCGGUGAAGCUUUUCCCUCCUCUGCGAACCGGGCCCCCCACCCUGUUCUGUAGCGCCCUGCAUCUCCCCCAGCUCGGGGGCCCUUCCUGCAUUUCCUCGGCGGUGCGUUGAUCCUGGGGACUUUCUGUUUGUUUGUUUUCCCCUUUUCCCUCUUUGUUGCUCCGAAACCAUUCAAGCCGAACCCCCCCACCACCACCCCGGAGGGCGUUCGACUUGUGAAGAAAGGCGGCUGCUGCGGACAGCACCGGCCCCUCCUGCGGACCCGAAAGCCGGUGCGCCCACCCCGUCUGCCCUACCCGCCGGCCGCCUGCGUUCGUUCGCCGGAGGAAGCCAGCCGAGAAUUCAUUGAUGCACCCAUUCCAGUGGUGUAACGGUGAUACAGGUUGGUUCUGACUCCUCACCCAAGCUAUCUUAAAGGAGGGUCUUUCUGAGCGACUCAGUUAAAAGGGUGUUUUUGUGGCCUGGGACUGGUUAGCACCAACAAGUCCUGCUCAAUGCCACCCAUCAGUUUCCAAGACCUUCCCCUCAACAUCUACAUGGUCAUCUUUGGCACAGGCAUCUUCGUCUUCAUGCUCAGUCUCAUCUUCUGCUGCUAUUUUAUCAGCAAACUCCGGAACCAGGCACAGAGUGAGCGAUACGGCUAUAAAGAGGUGGUGCUUAAAGGUGAUGCCAAGAAGUUGCAGUUAUAUGGGCAGACCUGUGCAGUCUGUCUGGAAGACUUCAAGGGGAAGGACGAGCUAGGUGUGCUCCCAUGCCAACAUGCCUUUCACCGGAAGUGUCUGGUGAAGUGGCUAGAAGUACGCUGUGUCUGCCCUAUGUGUAACAAGCCCAUUGCUGGGCCCUCAGAGGCCACUCAGAGCAUUGGAAUCCUAUUGGACGAGCUGGUGUGAAUGCUGCCUCUACACCAAGGCCUGGAGAAGACCGCUUGCCUCAUGGGUGCCUGGCCCCUCCACACAGCUACGGGUGAACAAGACUGGUGGGUGGUGACUGACGUGCUUACCUGAAGGGGCAGUAAUGCAGGGCUGGGCUCCCACCAUCAGGGGGAGGCCUGAGUCGCCCCACCUUUCUGCCUCCUGAAGCCUUCUUCAGCUACUCAGCACCUGCUACUCAGCACUGGCGGUGUCACCCAUCAAGAACGCUGUAUCCUGGUACCGGACUGUCUACCUGCCUGUCCCUGUGGGGGAAGCUGGGGAAGGCAAUCCACCCCUAUCUGGCUGAGAACUUGGAGCUCACCCCUUAGGAGGACUGGCUGCCCUGACCUAGAAGAAGGGAGGAGAUGGGCCCUGCCCCACCUGUAACCUGCCUCCCCUCUUCGCUCCUUCCACAGGAAGGGGAGAAGGGGAGGAAGGAACCAUCAAGGAACCAAGUGCCUCCAGUGCAAGCGAGGGAGGCUCUGUAGGAAAUCAGGAAGAACAGGGACACGGAAAAAGGAAAGUCAAUGUUUACAUGGGGCCUAUGGAAAUAAAGGCUUGGCCUGUAGGCCUGCUGACCACAGGGUAAUGGGGGGCGGAUGCCUUCCCUCUGCUAGGAUCUGAGGUGCUAUCCAUUCACUGUCUUCCUCAGCUGAUCUCAAGAGCGUCCUAUUCCGUUUUGGGGUUAUAGUACCCCUCCAGAGGAAGGGCUUAUUUUACACUCAAAUGAAUUCCCAGGGGCUUUUUCUAAAGGAGCAAAAGGGGCCUGGGGAUGGGGGUGUCUGAAGGUUAAGGUGGCAACAGAUACCUUCUUCCCCUUUGUAAAUAGUAUUUUUAUACUUCAUCCUCACCAUCUCAGGCUUUAUACAUGGAAUCCCCUGAAUGGAGGGGGUGGGGUUUCCUCUCUCCUCCUCCCCCCCCCCCAGAAUAGGUGAGGGUGGGAGAAAGGUCUGUAUUUAAAGAAAAUUAAAUUUAAUAACAAGUUUCUCUUUUUGCCUGUG